CGGAGGGGGCGGAGUGCGGGGCGGUGCCGCUGAGCGCUCCCAGCCGCCCGCCCGCGGGAUGAACUCCCAGAGGGAUUUGCCGGCGGACCCGCCCUAAUCUGCGCCGGGUUCAGCUGCCCCGCAGGUUUAAAUUGGGAGCAGGAGCGUCCCGCGAGAUCUGCUGAUAGAAUCUCCCGCAGCCGAGGGAAGGAGGUCUGUUCCCGGCGUGUUCCCGCCGCCCCGGGAAGUUAAAUCUCUCCGAAUUCCAUCAGAGCUAAUGACGAGUUACAGGUUCCAGACGGGGAAGCGGUCGAAGAGGUUUUCCCUUUAACCCCACGGCCAUCCCCAGGGCUGUACUUUGUUAGAGGAUCUCAAGUCUCGGAUUUAAAAUUAGUUGACUGCUUCUCUUUAAUAAAAUUAUUCCUGCCCUCUUUAAAUAGCACAAUAUGUCACAGAAAGCCGGUGGGUCCGUUCAUGAAGAUGAGGCAGCUCAGAGAGGAAAAAGAGAUGGGAAAAAAAAAAAAAAAAAGUAAAACCAUGCAUCUCCCCAAACCCCUUCUGCCUAAUCCAACUGAAUUAGAGGAUUUCGAAGUGGAUUUAAAACUAAAUCUUGAUUAGGGAGAAUUUCUCUCCAAGAGCUGCUGCACGGUGGUAUUAAUGGGAAGUGAUCGUGGACAGAGGAAAUAGGACAGAAAUAACUGAGGGUAGCACAUACGCACUCAGGUCUGUGCAUGAACUGAAAGAAUCAGAGAAUCUCCCAAGAGGAAAAGGGAGAAAUUAAGCAUCGACAUAAGGAGACUGGGUGCCACGGGGCUGGCUGGAGAAGCUUGGAGCAGCCAGAGCCCUGCUGCACCGACGGCAUUCCCCUUUAUCCCGGCGGAGAGGUUUGCAGGUGAAGAGGAGGCGACGAGCACGGCUGGGAAAAAGAGCUCGGAGGAGAGGAAACCUCUGCCCGCUCCCCCAGCCCCCGGUGUUCGUCCUCUGAGCCCUGGGUGGACUCCAGGAGCUGCCCCCCAUGCUCUGCAGACACAUGCCUGGAGGUGCCCAUGGGAUCCUGUCUCUGAUGACCGUGGUGUUCGUCCUUCCAGAGGUGUCUGGACUCCAGUGCUAUGGCUGCAACAUCGUGGUUGGCACCAAAAACGUGGACAUGGGGUGCUCUAACCCCGAGGUGAUCACCUGCUCCCAGUCCCACCAGGGCUUCAAGCACCGGUUCUGCAUUAAGACAGAGAGCGUGGUCCUGGGCAUCCUGCUGACCAGCGGCUGUGCCACCUCCCGCCACUGCCAGCAGCAGGAGCUGCCGGGCGUCCGCAUCCACUGCUGCGACACCGACCUCUGCAACGGCUCCCCCAGAGCCCCCCGGCCUCCCCCCGGCCUCGCGGGCGGCCACCUCCUGCUGCCCUGCGUCCUUGCUGCCCUGCUCCUCUCCUGACCCCCCCCCCGGGGCUUGAGGGGAUGCGGGAUCCUGGUGGGAUGGGUGCUGGGAGCAGGGAUGCCCCCAUCGCUGCUCCUGCGGGCGGGCAGGACGCCCUCCUCUCCCCUUUCCUCAAUAAAAUGUGCCGAAUGUUUUGCCCUGGGAAGGUUUCGGUGAUGCCCGGCGGCAGCGCUGCAUCCCGGGGAGGAUCGGGGAUGGUCCUGCGGGCUCGGGGGGACCG